AUGGCUGACGAACCUACCAACUGGGAGAACUACAAAGCCUACACCGACCACGCCCAUGCGAAAUUCAGCCGGUACGGCGGCCGCAUUGACAUCCCGCGCCGCCGCGAGCUCAAACUCGACGCCAUCGCUGACCGUCUCCUUCGCCUCGGUGCCCGUACCGACGAAUACAACCUGAGGCUCGCCCAUGGCAGUCUCUCCGCCACCCUCCUGCAACCCGACUUCGAGCUCCACGUGGGGAGCAAGUAUGAUAAGCUAGCGAAGGACGUUGCGGACCUGGUUGUAUACUCGUCUGCGAGAGAGAAGGAGAAUGAGGGCAUCAAGGCGUUGCUGGAUUGUGCGGCAGGGAUCCUGACGCAUGUGAACCAGAUGAGAAGUGACCUAUAUCAACAGUUGGAGUCCUCGAGUAGGGAUUUGAGGUGGGGGUUGAAUCCAGUUCCGAGGACGCUGCGGAAUAGGAGGCAGAUGAUUGAUAUGCCGAUAAACACGUUGGUGGUGGAGGAGAGAAGGCCAACUAGACGGUAG